UACCUGCAGGUGUGUAUAAAAGGCAAAGGCGUGAAUCAUCUGUUUCAAAUCGUCCCUUUCACUGCGCCAAGUGCUGUAGCUCCGGCUUGUUACACAAUAACUUCAGUCCGUGGCUCCAUCAGUUUCCGGCUUUGAAGAUGAAGAACUUUCCUGUCGUGCUUAUUCUCGGACUUCUUGCUGUUGCCCAGACAACACCUGUUACUCCCGUGACCCAGAUUCCCACCAAAGCUGAGGACGAAGUGCUCCGAGAGGCGGUGACGGACGGGUUCCUCAUCGAUCACUUCUUCCCCCGUUCCCUCACAACUGACUCGCCCAAGAGGAACGCGACCGCCCUUCCGUCCCAGCAGCCGUCCUCUGACCCGAAAGAGGAUGCUACAGACGCGCCCGGCGAGGAGACCACGACCCCCGUGUUCGUCCUGCAUGGAGGUGACCACCAUGCAACCACAACCCACAACGUGGUGUCGUCCACGGAGCCCACAUUCCCCAGUUCAGAUUCAUCUCCCACCGAAAGACCUCAGUCUAGCUUUACAUCUUCAUCGGUGCCGAAUGACGCCCAGUCAAACGCCGCCACCACGGACCACAUCCCGGUCUCCCAAGCCACCGACGCCGCUGUCUCCAGCUUUGACUUCCUGGGCACUCUGAGUUCAGAUUCUGGGUCUGGACACGAAGAGGAGCCAAGCGAGGAAACGACUGCGAGCUCCAGUGCGGCCUCCGUCUCCAACACAGACACUAGCGCUGCACCAUCAACCGACACCACUGCUCUACAGUCACGACUGUUCGUAGAGGUUGAAGGAUCAGGAUCAGGAUCAGGAACGAUUGCAGACACUAGCACUGCGCCAUCUACCCCCACGACUGCUCUCAUCCAAUCAGGACAGUUUGGAGAUGAUAAAGGAUCAGGAUCAGGAUCAGAAUCACGACUGAUGGCAGAAACUAGCACUACACCAUCAACCUCCACGACCAUUCUUAUGCCGCCCAAAGCUCCACGAGUGCUCACAAAGAGUGCUCCAUCAGAAUCGCCUGAGGUGGAUUCACCGGUUGAAGAGACAAUAAUUCAGAACAGGUCUUUCGAGAACCAGUCCACAGAAGGAGAUCACAAACCGCAAAAAGUGGAGAAAAAAGUCAACGAUCCAUCACCCCGGGGCAAAGAGAAGAGCACACCAGGUUGGAUCAUCAUCCUUGCUUUCAUUGUUGGCGUUGCAGCACUGGUAAUGCUCUUGGCCGCCAUCGCUACCAGAGACAAGUGGAAUAAACCAACUCAACGGGUGUCCCAGCCAGAGACCAAGGCCGGCUCCUCAGACCAGCAGAGGGAGGUAGAGAUGGAGACAUUCCUGCACAAGGACGAGCCCGCGGAGAACGGCAAGUCGGCGGAGUACACAGUCAUCCCCCUGGACGAGCUUCCAGAAGAUUAUUCGUCACACUGACGUUCACAAAGAGAGAGAGAGAGAGAGAGAGAGAGAGAGAGAGAGAGAGAGAGAGAGAAAGACCCUAAGGAGGCUUGAGCCUCAUCACAGAACCACAUGACUGAGGAUCAGAGGAACGCGUCCCCUCGGAGCCGUUGAGCAGAGAGGCCUCCGGUGGACCGACUGGAGAUCUGCAUUUCGUGUCGUCCCCCCCCCCGCCCGCUGACUUUCAACAACUCGUACCACGCCCUCGCUCUGAAGCUGCAGCGACACUUUUGGUUGAUUUAUUUAUUUUCCAUAUCAACUCUGUCAUCAACUGUAAAAAAAAAAAGGAAAAAGGAAAAAAAGAGAUUGCUUGGGUGAGAUUGGACAAAUGCCAUUUAUUUCAAAUACACUUUAAAAAAGAUCGUUUCAUUUCCCGGUUCAUCGUUGUAAAUAAUGAAUUAAUACGCUGUUGUUGUUGCGGUUGUUGUUGUUUUUUAACUCUGAUAAAAGAAAAAUGACUCUGUCCAGUUUUGGGUUUUUUCAGUGCCUUCAUUGUAAUAUAACUGAAAUCUGUUUUUGUAAUAAUAUUAUUUAAGACUUGUGUUGUGGAUUGUAACUUUUAUCAAACUGCUCUUUUCCCCUC